AAAAAACCACGAAAUUUCGAUUUGAAAGCGGCAGUUGAAUGGAACCAGUGUGUGACGGAACGCGGUUGUGAGCGGUUUCGUUUCAAUCAACCUUCUACCUGCCCUGGAUCAAGAGGAAAUAAUAAUUGAAGCCACAUCAGCAACCUGGGAGCAAUCGGGGGGCUUUACUUGAAAAAAUCGCCAAAAAUCCCUCAAAAACCUCCUCAAAACCCCAUUGGGUGCCCCCGAAAGCCUCAACACGCCUGCACGGAAAGCAGUUGAAACCAAUCCUCAAUCUGCUCCAGUUUCGGAGCAAACAUCCAAACAACCAUGGCAAAAUACGCUCAAAAAGAGGGCGUGGAACUGGAUGAGGACGAGUUUGACACCUACACCGAACCCUCCACAGGCCAACUCCUCUCAGUGAGGCGGUUCACUUGGAGAACCACCUCCGGAGUUUCCGUCCAAGUGAUCACCUACGGAGCGACGAUCACGUCCAUUAAAAUGCCCGAUCGCAAUGGAACCAUCGAUGACAUUGUCAUGGGGUUCGAUGACAUGAAAGGCUACCUCCAGCCCCUGAACCCCUACUUUGGGGCUACUGUGGGCCGAGUGGCCAACCGCAUUGGCUCCGCUACGAUCACCAUUGACGACCAGACUUACCACCUUACCCCCAAUCUGGCCCCCCACAUGCUCCAUGGAGGGGCCAAGGGCUUCGACAAGGUGAAUUGGAGUCACCAUGUCAAUGGAACUGACGUGGUCCUUAGUUGCCUGUCCAGGGACUUGGAGGAGGGGUUUCCCGGCGACGUCAUCACCACGGUGACGUAUCGGCUCACCAACGAGAACCGCCUGGAGGUGGAGCUGCGCUCCACCUCCACUCGCCCCACCUUUGUCAACCUCACCAAUCACUCCUACUUCAACCUGGCGGGACACGCCACUGGCUCGAGCGCCCUCUACCAGCACCUCUUGGCCAUCAACGCCGACCAGACAACGGACGUGGACAAGGACUCGAUCCCGACAGGCAAGCUGCUGCCAGUGGCGGGGACGGUGUUCGACCUGCGCAUCCCCCACCCGCUGGGGGCGGUGAUCGACAAAGUCCCCCACUACGAGGGCUUCGACCACAACUUCUGCAUCACCAAGGGAACGGGCCAAGGGGGCGCCUUCGUCGCCCGAGCAGAGCAUCCGGGCACUGGGCGGGCCUUGGAGGUCUACAGCAACCAGCCAGGGGUGCAGUUCUACACCAGCAACCACAUCCAGAGUGGGACGUUGUCUGGAAAGGGCGGGGCCUCCUACGGCAAGCACGGCGCCUUCUGCUUGGAGACCCAAAACUAUCCCGAUGCCGUCAACCAUGCCAACUUCCCCCCAGCCGUGCUGUAUCCAGGCCAGCUCUACCUGCACCUAGUGGAGUACCGGCUGUUCGUAGACUAGGCAACCGCGCAAUUACCAAUCCAAAUAAACCACUGUAAUCGAUAUCUAAUCGCAAUAAAAGCCACUCGACUGGAAAUGAGUUGCCCACGACCAGUUUUUGACUGAACGUUUGGUUCAGGAGAAAAGAAUGGAAAACUAUCGAAUAAAGCGGUUUUGAGCAGUUA